UGGCAGAAUACAAAAUUAUUGAUUGCCCCCUCGAUGUAUGGGACAAUGAAGGGCCCGCUCUGACUCACAAUUUCCAUACACAUAUCUUUUAAUAUAUUCGCCCCUAAGUAGCAUCAUAUUUCUAAUCUUUCCAAUUAGCUUUUAUGAGAAUUUCCACCAUCAAUCUUAUUUGUAUGAAAAAUGCCAGCUUCCGACAUUGAAGAAGUUGCGCGCACAGAGGCCGAACCCCUCACUAGACUCCCCUUUGGACCUAUCACCAAGUCUCACAUUUUAAACUGCUCUUAUGAUAAGUGGCAUGCGAAGUACAAAGUUUACCCCAAAAUCAUUCUUGAAAAGUGCUGACAGGGUACAAGAUAUCGGUCCUCAACUCUCAAAUCUCGAAUCAUCCCCCUAACUCCAGAGUUCCUUUCAUACCUGAGGGAAGAUGGCAUAGUCCUUCCAUUCGAGAUUCCUACAUUCCCUCCACCAGAAACUUACAACAACAACUCAACUAGCGAUGGUUGGGAUGAAGAUACAGAGACAGAAUUGGAUCCCUCGGAUAAGUUCUCGGAAAUUCACAAACAAAUACAAGAAACAAUCACUGAGCUUGGCGGAUCAGUAGUUCCCAAACUCAAUUGGUCUGCUCCGAAAGAUGCCACAUGGAUCAGUUUAAAACAGAACAGCAUGGAGUGCAAUACAGCAAACGAUGUUUACCUCCUUCUCAAAUCUUCCGACUUCAUUACCCACGAUUUAGAACACGCCUUUGAUGGUUGUGCCGAAGAUCCGUCCCUCACGAAAGAAAACAUAGAAUAUGUUCUAGUUUUACGGAAAUGGUUUAAAGUAAAUCCAUCUUGCGAGUUUCGAUGUUUUGUACGAGAUCGGAGGAUUAUUGGCAUAUGUCAAAGAGAUCUAAACUAUUUUGAUUUCUUAUUUCCUCUCAUCCCAACAUUAAGAGAAGCAAUCCAAGAAUACUUUGACAGAACUCUCAAAGAUACCUUUCCAGAUCGCAAUUUCUCAUUUGAUGUUUAUAUACCAGAACCAUUCGACAAAGUGCGGUUAGUGGAUAUAAAUCCAUGGGCUCCUCGGACAGAUCCGCUUUUGUUCUCCUGGCUAGAACUACUCACCCUUUCCGUACCUCCACCAUUACUUGGUGUCGCAGAUUCAUCAUCAGUGCCGCCAUUGCCUGUUCUAAGUAGUGAUGAAGAUGACGGAGCAGAUGUUGUGGAACUUGGAUGGAUGCCCGAAUUCAGAUUAAUAAAGAAAGAUGACCCGGAAGCAUACAGCUUUUCAAGUCCGCAGUAUAGUGCACACAAGAUGCCACAAGAAGUGGUGGAAGCAGGUGCAAGUGGAGAAGGUGGCAUGAGAGAAUUUGCGGAUAAUUGGCAGCGGAUGUUGAACGGUGAGCUAGAAAUGAUGAGAGUUGGGGAAGGUAGUGAUGAGGAUGAUGAUGAUGAUUAUGAACCGGAGGCAAUUGUUACCUGAGAUACGAGACAACAAUUCCUUUUGUGGCAAGGAUCCAUCAUAUUCGAUUUAUUUGGAGUGAUGUAAUGAUAUUAAAAAUUACUCAUGCGCCGAGGCUUUGCUUGUGGGGCAAAUGUGCCGAUUCCAUUCUUCGGGAAUCCGGCCCACAAUCAUAUUAAUAAGUCAACUGUAAACA